CUCACUCCCAACAAUGCGCUCUACCAUCGCUUUUCGGUCUCCCUUCUGCAUACGACGGGUCGACAAGUAUGAUGACCGAGGAGCAGUACGCUCCGGGAGGAUCGCACUUCAAUGCGGUUGAAAGCAUCGUUGAACGCGUCGGAUGUACACGGACUCGGGCGAUCGCAGCAUUGAGAGUGUGUAGCAAUGAUGUAGAGAGGACGCUUCGGUCACUUUCUGAACCGUGGAUGCGCCCCACACAGCCAAAUACGCGAGCCCGGCGCCAGAACCCACCCCAGAGCCCACCACUCGGCCCUCUCGACCGGGCACAUCAAACCCGCACCACUACGCUAGACUCGGAUGGAGGCGAUGCACCCGAAGUCCGACCCGAGCGAGCACGCGAACUACCGCCCCAAGGAGGGCUUGAAGUGUUAACGGAUGAGACGCCUACGGUCACCGAUGCACAGCGACAUAGCUUACCUUCUCUCAAUCCUCGAAGGAAAGAUCGCCCAUUCUCCCCCCGCGAAGGUUCCAGCCAGUUUUUCUCGCUCAGGCGAUUGCUAUGGGCCCUCCAGAACGAACGGCUUUCCCUUGCCGAUAUUGUCGAGUAUUUUUCGUACUUCCAACGCGAAGCAGUACUUGACGCCAUCAAUCAGUCCAUCGAAGGAGUCCCCUCCAUCUUUUACGCCGUAGCCACGAACCGAGAGGAUGUUGUAAGGACCUGGAUCGCUUAUGGCGCGAAUGUGAACGCCAUCGAUGGGAGAUACAAGAUCCCCUUACUCGCUUUUGCAAUCUUCAAUUCUUCAGUUUUGAGAGAAGAUAGCACGACAAUUGUUCUUCUUCUCUUGGCACACGGAGCGAGCGCCUCUACUGUUCCUAUCAGGGACGAUAGAACCACGCAAAAGCAAAGUACCGGUGCCGCGAAUGGCUCCGUUGAGAAAGGGGAAGAGGACUCUCCGGACAUGGACCAACGUUGGUGCAAUGCGUACUUCCGGUCGCGCCUUGAGCAAGCGCUCAAUACAACGCAACGAUAUUUUCUCUCUCGCGCACAAGCCUACAAACAACCAUCCAGACGAAGCCUACAAGCCGCGACUAAGUACAACGUUACUCAGCUCUUCAGCCUUCCUUACUGUAUUGUAGGUCAAGAUGUUGCGAUCAGGAUACUCACCGAGCGACUUCUGAGCCAUAUGGUGGUACCUAAUCCAAAGCCGCUAGUGCUACUCUUCGCAGGGCCGAGCGGACAUGGCAAGACCGAAGUUGGAAGGCGACUUAGGUCUCUUUUAUCACUGGAUACCCAUACCAUUGAUAUGACGGAGAUCAAGUACGAGACAGACCUUUUUGGCCCCAAGCCGCCGUUCGUAGGCUGCGAGGGAGGCUCUCCAUUGAACAAUUUCCUCCUAGCAAAGUCGGGAAAAAGGGCAAUCGUCAUGUUAGACGAGUUCGAGAAGUCAACCCGGGAAGUGCUGAAUUCCCUUCUUAUCCUAUUCGAUGAAGGGAGAUAUCUCGACCGUCGCCGUAGAAAGAGCAUAGACUGUUCCAAAAUUAUCUGGAUCUUGGCCAGUAACGCCCUCGAUCCCGUCAUAACCGACUUCUACAAGAACAACUCCACAAAUAGCCCCAUCGCAGAUCCAUGCGUCAUCGAAGAUCAGCUACAGCCGCGCCUUUUGGGUGCCAUGAAAUCCAAAUUCGGCUUCCCGCUAUCUGGACGGAUAUCAACAAUAGUCCCAUUCUUACCCUUCUCGCCCGAUCAGCAAGCGGUGAUAGUGCAUCAAUAUCUACUACAGCUCGCCCGCAACGUGCGCCAGUCGAUAUCCCUCUCCAACCAGUUGGUAGGAAACCUCCAUCUGAGGCUGCAGGAUGACGUAACUGUCAGUACAACUCUUGCGAGCGACUGUUAUGAUCCCGAUACCGGCGCUCGAAGCUUAGAGUCGGCGGUGAAAACAAAAGUGGAGGCACCGCUUAUACGGGAGUACCUAGCAGGAAACGAGGAUAUAAGCGAGAAGCAGCCCCUGGAGGAGUAUGUAGCAGAGGUACAAGGAGGCCGCAUCGUUAUCAGAAGAGUGCCGGGCGACAAGGUAUCAGUGCCAGUCGCCUAGGCACAUUGCGUUUCAUGGGUCAUUGUUCCAUCACGGAUAAUUGGCGGCUCACUUCCCAUUGCAUAUUCGGAGUUCUGGAAUUCAUAUCGUGAGGCUGUGUACGUGAGAAAUACAUAGGAAAGCAAAGGCAUCUGC